AUGCUUCACGCACCGGUGGGGAUCAAGAUCUGGGUCGAUCUGGAACAUGACCUCUUUGGGAGAGACCACCCAUCGUUAUAUUUUUGGGUGCCGAAACCUCACCGUUCGGAGUUACCCCACACCACGCCGGCCCUGCGGACGUCUUUGCAGGUGUGGGAUAGAGUCAACGGUAAAAACCCCCUUAUCAAUACGCCCUCACCGCUCACCCCAGUUCUGCGGAACCCGCAAUUUCCCCCAGGUAUGACACCUCAACAUUUUGCCCGCUUCGAAGAUAAUAACCUCAUCAGACUUUGCCAUUUCUUCCAGGGUGAUCGCCUGCUCCUAUUUGCAGACCUACCGCAAUCUACCCCUCUCAACUCUUUUGAUUAUUUCCGCUAUCUCCAGUUACGGAGCUUUUUGUCCAUUCCGGACAUCAGAAUGGCAGCCACAAAACAGCUUACACCUUUCGAGAAAAUGAGUAUGCACACACCGGUAAGGAGAGGUCAGAUAUCCAUUCUUUACGAUAUCUUUGCUAGAAACACCCCUCCGGAGGCCUUUUCUUACGUGAGGGAGUGGGAGAGGGACAUGGGCCCACCGGCUGA